AGCCGGAAGCCACCCGGGAUCUAAACAAAAUAUCUGAAUGGAAGCUAAAGUUGGGGAUUAAAUGCCUGCAAGUAUUUAAUUUAUAUUGAAUUAUAUUACAUUAGUUAUUGUCAUCUCCGACCCACUAAAACGAAAUGAUGGCAGAUUCAGAAAAUCCCCCACAUGGGACACCUAUCAAGGGACUGAAACAAGAGGAGGAGGAGGAGGAGGCAGUUGAGGCCCAGCCUACCGUGAAAGACAUGAAGGAGGAGGAGGAGGAGGCGGAAGAGGAGGCGGAAGAGGAGGAGGAGGAAGAUGAGGAGGAAGAUGAGGAGGCGUUACCGCACUCUGAAUUCCUGGAUAUCUUUGAGGAAGGAUUGGCCCGACUGGUGCAAGAUCCACUGCUCUGCGACCUCCCUAUUCAGGUGACCCUGGAGGAAGUGAACUCGCAGGUGGCUCUGGAGUACGGCCAGGCCAUGACAGUCCGUGUGUGCAAGGCUGAUGGAGAAGUUAUGCCUGUUGUGGUGGUGCAGAACGCCACAGUGCUGGACCUGAAGAAGGCCAUCCGCAGGUUUGUGGAGCUGAAGCAGCAGCGCGAGGGUGGAAUCAAGCACCUCAGCUGGAGGUACGUGUGGAGGACGUAUCAUAUAGUGUUCAACGGUGCGAAGCUGGAAGAAGACAAGAUGAAACUCAAAGACUAUGGGAUAAGAAACCGAGAUGAGGUAACAUUCAUGAAGAAACUGAGAAAGAAAUGACUUUGGAGUGGAGGUGAAGAAAGAUUUGAAUAACUGUGCUGACACUGGUGACUGAAGACCCCAGUCUGCGUAGCACUGUAUGCUAACAACAUAGCUACAACAGUCUGAAAGCAAUCUGUUUCUACACUGAAAUUCUGGUCGUCAUCAUUUAUUUUUUGUACAUAUUAGGGUUUUUUUUUUUAAUUCCAUGAAACUGUCUCAGUUGUUAUAUUUUGUGGAUAAACUGCAAAUUUAAAAAUUCAAUAAAUAAAUA